GCUCGUGGUUGAAAAUACGUGGACAUCAAAGUGAUCGCAAGGACGCUCCACCUAAGACCCCUCAACAUGCGAGUCCCCGGAUCUCCAGCUUCUACCUUGAAAGAUCUUGAUGGCAAGGCUUCCCCAGGCGGAGCUAGCGAGUUGUUGUUGCCGAACGUAUCUGAGGGAGAGUUAUCGCCUGUGGUGAUGAAGAAGGUAUUGCAUUCGGUGGGGCUUCAGGAGGAGGAACGACGAGACGGACAGGAUAAGGCGGAUGGGGGAAGAGAGGAUGUGGAAGGGAAGGGAAGGUUGGAUUCGGCGUCAGGGUUGGGUUUAGGACUGGAUGUCCGCAGUACGAUUGAGGAUGAAGCGGAAGGAGAAGAGUCUGUUCUGGUCAGACCGCCGACGCCUACCGAAGGCGACGUCGGGAAAGGACUUGAACAUGGACAGGAAGCUGUCCGUGGGGAUGUAGCUCAGGCCAACUUGAUCCGAGCCGGGCAAGCUUUGACGGAAGAACCUGAAGCGAACAUCAACCUCGGUGCUCCGAUCGCGAGUAUGAAUCCCAGGAAUGCGGUCUCCCCUGCACCGACGCUGGGGGACGAGUUGGAUACGGAUGCGCGAUAUGGCAUCGACGCGAUGGCUGAUGAUAUAGUCGGCAAGCAAGAUGGAGGUUAUACGGGUGAUCUGGCGGACGAUGCUUUGGCCGGAUGGACGGGGUCGAAAGCGCCCGUAGUGCACGCUACCAGGAACGAUAUUCAGAAUGCAAGUGGGAUACCGGAAGAAGAGCAGGAAAAGAAGAUGGGAUUCGAGCCGAUCAAGGGGAAACAAGGCGAGCCGAGCGUACAUCUGGGAGAAUGGGAGCCGGUGGAUUUCAAAGCGCAGUUUGAAGAUGCAGGGAAGGACGAGGUCAAGGGGACGGAUGAUGCGUUGAGAGCGCUAGGUGAGAAGUUGGCUCAAGAGGAAGCUGCGGGAGUGAAAGUGAAGGAUGCAAAGAAGGAGGAAGAGGAGGUCAAGCUCGAUUUGACGGUGGACGAGUUGAAGGAUCUACUACGGAGAGCUCAGGAGCAAAAGGCAGAGGGCAACUCGCUGUUUCAACACGCCGAGCCGGACCUCGAUGGCGCCAUCGGGGCAUACAAGGAAGCGUUGAAUCUCUUACCCAUCACCUCGUUCACACCACAACCCGAGCCUACACCCCCGCCAUCGCGUCAAGUACCGGAGCCGGAGCAAUCGGGUGUGAUGGAGUUGACUGACGAACAGGCAGAGGCGAUCAGACUGGCGGACGAAGCGAGAGAAGCCGAGUCGAGGCGCAGGGAAGAAGAGGAAAAGGAUCCCGAGGUCAAGCUGAAGCGGGGCGUUGAAAGGGAGAUUGAAGAGACGAAAAAGGCGGUCUGGGGGAAUCUGGGAGCUGUUUGGGUGAAAAAGGGGGAUGACAAGGAGGCGGUGACGGCAUGUACAGAAGCAUUAAAAUUGGAUCCUCACUAUGUCAAGGUAUUGCAACGCCGAGCGUUGGCUAGCGAGAGGAUCGGUUCGUGGUCCAGCUUGACCACUGCACAAGAAGACUACACCGCUCUGACCCAGAUCCUGCCGAAAUCAUCUCCACUAUAUCAACAAGCACAGCGAUCUUUGUCCACCCUCCCAACGCGUAUUCGUACGCAGCAAGAAAAGGAAAAGGACGAGAUGCUCUCCAAGCUGAAAGAUCUCGGUGACGGCUUGCUCGGGCGAUUCGGGCUCAGCACCAACAAUUUCAAGUUUGACAAGCAAGAAGGUGGGGGGUAUAGCAUGCGAUUCGAGCGGUAGAGCCGGGGGCGUGCAAACGGACUUUUAGAUUCUCCCUCGACGACUUUCUGGUUUAGACGUUACUUGAUGAUAACGCGGUCCCCGAUACAAGUGGUACGGACCGCUUCAACGUGUUUCAACAUCAAGAA